UGUGGGCCCGCCAUGCUGUGGUCUGAUUGGUCCUUCAGCGGGGAAGUGAGAUCGUCAAAGUCAUAGGGUCCUGGAUUAGCUGUUCGCUGUCGAUCCCCCCCCACAGAUAGCUACCGCGAUCACCGGGCAAAGAUAUACGUCAGACGCCCAGCAGCUUCACACCGUCUUCAGACAGCAUGAACUCGCUCCCAGGAAGAGCCGCGCUGUCUCUGUGCAGGCGCACGGCAGCGGCGGGCGGGAUGAGGGUCUUCGCCGGUGCCCCGGGUCACCCCGCUGGUGGCGUGCCCGCCGACAGGGCCUCUCUCCAGGCUGUGCGGGUCUGCCACUCCGGGACGAGUCGCAAGGGCAGCACUAGUACCAAGAAGCGGGGCUAUGACAUCACCAGAAACCCACACCUCAAUAAGGGAAUGGCAUUCACCCUGGAGGAGCGCUUACAGCUGGGCAUCCACGGCCUGCUGCCCCCCUGCUUCCUCUCCCAGGAUGUGCAAGUGCUGCGGGUCAUGAAGAGCUACGAAACGCGUUCCAAUCCUUUGGACAAGUACAUCCUGCUGAUGACGCUGCAGGACAGGAACGAGAAGUUGUUCUACCGUUUGCUGACCUCUGACAUUGAGGAGUUCAUGCCCAUCGUGUACACUCCCACUGUGGGCCUGGCCUGCCAACAGUAUGGCCACGCCUUCAGGAGACCACGAGGACUCUUCAUCACCAUCCACGAUAGAGGCCACAUCGCCACCAUGCUCAACUCCUGGCCUGAGGAAGACAUAAAGGCCAUUGUGGUGACAGACGGGGAGCGUAUCCUCGGCCUGGGUGACCUGGGAGCCAACGGUAUGGGCAUUCCUGUCGGGAAGCUGGCGCUCUACACAGCCUGCGGUGGUGUGCGGCCGCAGCAGUGUCUCCCGGUGCUGCUGGACGUCGGCACUGACAACCAGGCGCUGCUCGAUGACCCCCUGUACAUCGGACUGAAGCACAAGAGAAUCAGAGGAAAGGAGUACGACGAGCUGGUCGACGAGUUCAUGCAGGCAGUGACGGACAAGUACGGGAUGAGCUGUCUGAUUCAGUUUGAGGAUUUUGCCAACAGCAACGCCUUUCGCAUCCUCAACAAAUACAGGAAUCGAUACUGCACCUUCAACGACGACAUCCAGGGCACGGCCUCAGUAGCUGUUGCUGGGAUCUUGGCGACUCUGAAGAUCACCAAGAGCACACUCUUAGACCACACCGUGGUGUUCCAGGGGGCGGGCGAGGCUGCUCUGGGUAUCGCUCACCUGCUCAUGAUGGCCAUGGCCAAAGAGGGAGUAAGUAGAGAAGAAGCUGCCAAGAGAAUCUGGAUGGUGGACUCCAAAGGUCUUAUCGUGAAGGGAAGAGGCAAUCUCAACCACGAGAAGGAAGAGUUCGCUCAUGAUCACCCGCACAUAAAGACCCUGGAGGAAGUGGUGCACACCGUCAAACCCACUGCCAUCAUAGGAGUUGCUGCUGUCGCAGGAGCGUUCACUGAGAAGAUAAUCAAAGACAUGGGGUCCUUCAACGAGAGGCCGAUCAUCUUUGCCCUGAGUAACCCCACCAGCAAGGCGGAGUGCACAGCAGAGCAGUGCUACCAGCUCACAGAGGGCCGCGGCAUCUUCGCCAGCGGAAGUCCGUUCGACAAAGUGACUCUGGCUGACGGACGCACCUUCUACCCCGGCCAGGGAAACAACGCCUACGUCUUCCCCGGAGUUGCUCUGGGUGUUAUUGCCUGCGGAGUGCGCCACAUAUCUGACGACAUCUUCCUCACCACAGCAGAGGCGAUAGCUGACAUGGUAACAGAGGAGCACCUGGCCGAGGGAAGACUCUAUCCUCCUCUCAACUCCAUAAGAGAGGUGUCCUUCAAGAUCGCAGUGAAGAUUGUCGAAUAUGCAUACAAGCACAACAUGGCUUCCCUGUACCCUGAGCCUAAAGACAAGGAGGCGUUUGUUCUGUCUCACAUCUACAGUCCAGAUUACGACUCCUUCUCUCUGGACUCGUACAGCUGGCCACAGGAGGCCAUGAACGUCCAGGACGUGUGAUCCCGACUCUCCCUCUCUCAACUCGAUAUGCUGACGUCGUGUACAACUUCUGCAUCGUUUCCGUUCAGAAACGUUGCCAAUGAUUCUUGCCUUUUUAGCUUUCUCUUUGUUUCUCUCUUUCAUUUAUAAGUUAUAGUAAGUCUAUAGCAGGGGUGUCGUUAGGCCUAUUUUAGGGGGGCUGAAGCCUCCCUCAAAUGUUCUUCAGCCCCCCCCAAAUAAUUUGCCAUUAUU